AUGUCUAUCAUUGAGGAUCCAAAAGCUCUUAAUCGGAGAAAUGAUGUGGCCACCAGUUUAGAGAAGCAGCUUUGUGACUUAAAACAACAGUUAAUGCAUACCCGGCGUUUGUCUUGUUGGAGGCAUUUACCCUUUGGCAGGUUUUCAUUUACGGCAAUUUGGCUACAGUUCAAGUUCCAGUUGCCUUGUUCUACUGCGCCUUGCCAAAACGGAGGAACAUGUCAAGGGGGCCAUGGUGGGGAUGCCUUCAAAUGCCUCUGCCACAUAGGAUUCGUUGGAAAAUAUUGCGAAAAAGCUUUACAAUCAUGCAAGGAAGUGUAUGAUGCUCAAAGGUCAAAAGUGAGUCAGGUGGCAUCUCUGUGCUUUGGUUCACGUCAACUUUCUGUCUUCUGCCACAUGGGAGAUUUUGGAUGUGGAGAUGGAGGGUGGACGCCUGUCAUGAAGAUCAAUGGGAGUAACGAAACUUUUGAGUACAUGUCCCCUUACUGGGAGAAUACAGAGGAAUACAGGACCCAAGGAGGAAUGACCGGGUUUGACUCAGAACAGACCAAGUUACCAAGUUACUGGAACACGCCCUUCAACAAGAUUUGUCUCGGCAUGAGAAUUGGUGACCAGACUAAAUUCAUUUUUAUCAAUAAGAGUGCAAGUUCUCUGUACUCAUUGAUUGGCGACGGGAAAUAUCGAAAUUUGUCAGUGGGUCGUAACAAGUGGAAGACCCUGAUUGGUUCACAAGCGUCCCUACAGCAUAAUUGUAAUAAGGAAGGAUUUAAUGUCAAGUGCAGUAGCACUGGAGGUUCUCGAGCGCGAAUCGGCAUCGUUGGUAACAAUGAGCAAGUGUGCUCAUCUUGUGACUCCAGACUCGGAUUUGGUUCAUGGGGGAUGCCUAUUAAAGCGAAUGCGUGUGGAAAUGUAGCCAAGCACGGAGGUGAUAACGGCAAUAAGAACCUAAAAGCAAUGGGAUAUAUACUGGUGCAGUGACUUGGGAAUGUUUAAUAUGGCUACUACCUCCAGGGCUCUAAGAAACCACCAGAUGGCUAAAAAGCGGCAUUUGCAAUUUGCAACCGCACCACUUAGAAUAAGUCCAGAUUCUCUUCAGGUAGUAAAGAGAGUCCUGCAUAGAAUAGUCGAAUUAGAUCGACUCACGGCACACUUAUAAAUAGUACGUAACUUUUGGACUAAGGGAAUACAAAUUGAAAUAAUGAAAAAAACUAUGCACACUUUCUUGAUUAGAGG